AUGAAGGCCAAUGCUGUCUUCAAAAGAGAGAUGAAAGGGUCACAUGAUUCUUUCAGCUACUGGGUUGAUGAGAAAUCUCCUGUGGGACCAGACCAAGCCACAGCCAUCAAACGUUUGGCCAGAAUUUCUUUGGUUAAAAAGAUCAUGAAGAAAUGGUCAGUGACUCAAAAUCUGACUUUCAAAGAGCAGUUGGAAAGUGGGAUCCGCUACUUUGAUCUUCGUGUAUCUUCCAAACCUGGGGAAAUAAGACAAGAUAUUUACUUCAUACAUGGCUUGUUUGGCAUCAAAGUAUGGGAUGGGCUGAAGGAGAUUAACACCUUUCUUGAGCAGCACCCCAAGGAAGUAAUCUUCUUGGAUUUCAAUCACUUCUAUGCUAUGGACGACAGCCAUCACUACUUCUUGAUCAGCAGGAUCCGCUCAGCAUUUGGAUCCAAACUUUGUUCCGUUGAACGUGUAGAAUAUGUGACGUUACAGUACAUGUGGAAGAAGAAACACCAGGUUCUCAUAUUCUACCACUACCCUUUGUAUCAGGAAUACUCCUUCCUGUGGCCAGGGAAUAAAAUGCCGGCACCGUGGGCUAAUACAACCAAUGUGCACAAACUGUUACAGUUCCUGGAGACCACUCUUGAGGAAAGAAGUCGUUAUGGGACUUUUCACGUUUCUCAAGCAAUUCUCACGCCUCGAGUGAGAACUAUUGCAUGGCAUCUAAUUCGUGGUCUGAAGAACACACUUGUUCAUAGGAACCUGCCCAUGAUUUUGAAUUGGGUGAAAGCACAGAAGCCAGGUGUUAUGGGUGUUAACAUAAUUACAUCAGACUUCGUGGAGCUGGUUGACUUUGCUGCUACAGUUAUUGCAUUAAAUGACCUCCUUUUAGAAGAGGAUGAAUCUGCAGCUAAACACUGAUUGCUGUGUCCCACCUGUGCUCCUCAGUGGACAUCUUUGAACUAUGCUAAAUGUUUUAUUUGUUAAGUGAAACCUAUUGUAAUCUCUGUUUAUUUAAAAAAGUUUUCUAGAGCAAACGUGGU